AAAACAGACGAGUACAACAAUCUCAUACGACAACACGUGGAUCUCGAAACGGUGCAAACCCGGAUCGACGAUGGGUCAUAUUCCUCUCUCCCCUCAAGAUUCUACUUGGACCUUUUACUCCUCUUCAACAACGCCACCGUCUUCUUCCCAAAAGCCUCCGACGAAUCAGUCGCCGCCGUUGAACUCCGCCGUCUCUUCCUGAAAGAGUUCAAGAAGCGGCGAGUCUCCUCGUCCGACGGCGACCCUUCGCUGGACUCAUCUCCAAUCUCACUCCAACCCAAGCCAGAACCUGAAAGAUCUGAUUCAUUGCUUGCAAAGCAAAAGUCUGCAACUCCGAUUGUUGUUUGCCGGAAAAGAAGCUCAAUAUCAGCAAAAAGUUCUUCUGUUAAUAAAACGGAGAAAAAAGUAGCUGACGAGAAACCUGUUGCUAAUGCAAAACUACAAGUUAAAUCUUCUUCUUCAACUCCAAAUGAAGAGGAGAGUUCAGUGAAAAUGAGGGUUGUUAAGGAGAAGCCAGUAACGGGUACAAGAAGCAUGAGGAGGAGCAGUAAAGGCCGGCCAAACAGUACACCAAGUAACAGUAAUCAACAAAACACGAACUCUAGCUCAAAACCCAGUUCUGUGGAGAAAAUUGAGAAUCUGAAAACGGAGAAGAAAAGAGAUGAAGUGAUCAGCACGGCGAAAAAGCGUGGUGCGGCGGACUUCUUGAAGAGGAUAAAGAAGAAUUCUCCGGCUAAGGGGUCGACGUUGGCAGAGGCAUUGAAGAGUACUUCUGGACAAGAUGCUAAUAAUGGUGGUGGUAAGAGAGAUCCGAAGAUCAAGAAAAGAUUGGAUGAACGGAAGGAUGGAAUGGUGAGAAGAAGUGGCAAUGGUGGUGGUCGUGGUGGUGGUAGUGGGAAGAAAGUGAAGGAGGAGAAUAGUCCGUCGAAGCGAGGUGUUGGGCGGCCGCCAAAGAAAGGUAAGGAGGCGACGACGAUGCAAGGGAAGCGGCGGAGGGACGGUGGUGAAGCGGAGGCGUCUUCAAGAAGGCCGAAGAAAAGGUCUAGGAGGUAA